UCCCCGUUACACAAGGUGUUUCGUAAAUUUGUAAUUUAUGAAACUUAUUUGUGUAAUAGAGGCGUUGACAAGCUCGCUUUACAACUACAAACACAUCAUCUAAACUGCAGGAGACACAUUUUCUCCUCCACACCUUGAUACGGUUUUGUUCAAAACAAGAUAUCUUCCUGACUUCCGUGUCUCGCCAGGUUGGAAUAAUGUGGGGCUCGGGCCUGCUGCUCCUACUAGUGACACUCUGGCAUCACUCCCAUGCCCAAAACCUGAAUCCCAUGCUUCAGGUUGUUACGCAGACCAUGCUUCCCCCGGACAAUCUACACAAUCCCACACAACUCAACUAUGGGAUGGCUGUGACAGAUGUGGAUGGUGAUGGUGACCUGGAAGUGGUGGUGGCAGGGUACAAUGGGCCCAACCUGGUGCUGAAGUAUGACAGGACUCAAAAAAGGCUGGUAAACAUUGCUAUUGAUGACAGUAACUCUCCAUACUAUGCUCUGAGAGACCAGGCAGGAAAUGCUAUUGGAGUUGCCGCCUGCGAUGUGGAUGGAGAUGGACGAGAAGAAAUCUAUUUUCUUAAUACAAACAAUGCCUACUCUGGACGAGCAACAUACACUGACAAGCUCUUCAAGUUUCGUAAUGGUCGCUUUGAAGAUCUGCUCAGCGAUGAGCUGAAUGUACGUCGUGGUGUUGCUAAUCGGAUGGCGGGACGUUCAGUUGCAUGUGUUGAUAGAAAGGGAACAGGCCGUUACUCAGUCUACGUGGCAAACUACGCCAGUGGGAACGUUGGCCCCCACGCUCUCUUAGAAAUGGACAAGGCUGCCAGUGAUGUGAGCAAGGGCAUCAUCGCGCUGUCUGACGUAGCUGCUGAGGCCGGAGUCAACAGGUACACAGGUGGUCGCGGUGUGGUCGUUGGACCAAUCCUGAGCGAGUCGAGGUCUGAUGUGUUCUGUGACAAUGAAAAUGGACCUAACUUCCUAUUCAAGAAUAAUGGAGAUGGGACUUUUGUUGACAUGGCAAGACAGACAGGUGUGGAGGACCAAUACCAGCAUGGCAGAGGAGUAGCACUGGCUGACUUCAAUGGAGAUGGGAAGACAGACAUCGUUUAUGGCAACUGGAACGGCCCACACAGACUUUUCCUGCAGCGCAGCGAUUCCAGAUUCCAGAAUAUUGCUACUGGAAGAUUUGCUGAAGCCUCACCUAUUCGCACAGUCAUCGCUGCUGACUUUGAUAAUGACAAGGAGUUGGAGGUGUUCUUUAACAAUAUUGCCUACAGAGGAAAUGCUCCCAAUAGGCUGUUCAGGGUCUCAAGGAGGACUAAUGCAGACCCUUUGAUCCAGGAACUUGAUGUGGGAGACGCUGAAGAGCCACAAGGGAGAGGAACAGGUGGUACUGUGACUGACUUGGAUGGGGAUGGACAGCUGGACCUGCUGUUGGCACACGGGGAGAGCGCCCAGCAGCCAAUCUCUGUCUUUAAGGUCACGCAGGGAUCAUCCAAUAACUGGCUGCGGGUCAUUCCUCGCACCCAGUUUGGUUCUUUCGCCCGGGGUGCCAAGGUGACAGUCUUCACCAGUCAGAGUGGAGCUCACACACGCAUCAUUGAUGGAGGCUCUGGAUAUCUGUGUGAGAUGGAGCCAGUCGCCCACUUUGGUUUAGGAAAUGAUGAGGUGAAGGUGCUGGAGGUCUCCUGGCCAGACGGCACUAGUUUUACUCGAGCUCUUCAGGCUGGUGAAAUGAACUCGGUGUUGGAAGUCACCUAUCCCAAAGAAGGGGAAACCACUGUGCUUUCCAAUGACACGCAGUGUGGUAACGGCUUUACUGUCAGGAAUGGACGCUGUGCAGGUCUUUAAAGAGAAUCACAUGAAAUGCAAUAAAGGAUUUUUGUGGUUUACAAUAAUGUUACAGGGAAAAAAAAGUCUUUUACUUUGGUUUUUAAAAGGGA